AAUCAGACAUUUGUCACAGAGUUUACACUUCUGGGAAUCACCAACCUACCCCAACUGCAGAUAUUGCUUUUCUUUACUUUUCUUUUGUUCUACCUCUUCUGUUUUGUUGGGAACUUAAGUAUUGUAGCAUUAGUGAUUAUCGAUCAUGGCCUUCACACCCCCAUGUAUUUCUUCCUUGGCAAUCUUUCCUUCUUGGACUUCUUUUACUCUACAACAACCGUCCCAAAGUUGUUAUCAGGUUUAAUCAUGGAAGAUAAAAGGAUAUCUUUUCAAGGCUGCAUAGUCCAACUCCAUGUAUUUCAUUUCUUGGGUAGCACUGAGGCCAUGCUUCUUAUGUCAAUGUCUUAUGACAGAUACGUUGCUAUUUGUAACCCAUUACGGUACCAUAUCCUUAUGGCGAAAGAAGCAUGCAUUCAAUUAGCUCUCACUUCCUGGCUCAUUGGUUUCUUGUAUUCAUUAUCACACACAGUUCUUACUUCUAGAUUGCCAUUUUGUGGUGCCAAUAAGGUCACUCACUUUUACUGUGAUAUCAAGCCUCUACUCAAGCUGGCCUGCACAGACACCCAUAUCAAUGAAAGUCUGGUGACUAUAAUCACUGGUACUGUGGCACUUGGCACUUUUAUUUUAAUUGUUAUAUCAUAUAUCUUUAUUGCGACCCAUCUUAAGAAUAUCCAGUCUAAUCAAGGCAGAAAUAAAGCCUUAUCCACUUGCACUUCCCACUUCACUGUUGUCCUUUUGUAUUACGGGACUGCAUUCAGCACAUACUUGAGACCAACCACAAAAGAUUCACUUGAACAGGACAGAAUGAGUGCAAUACUCUUUACAGUCAUCACUCCUGCGUUAAAUCCUCUGAUCUAUGGGCUAAGAAAUAAAGAGGUAAAAAAGGCACUAAGGAAAUUUCUAUUUACAAAAAUCAACAUGAAGCAUACAAUUCUUUAA